UAAUCCUUUUUCUAUUUUUGCACCAGAUGACCAGAUUCUAUACUAGUCGUUCCCCCACCAACCUUAUCCUCUUUUCCAAUGUUCCCAAGGCGCAGGUGGAGGGAGAAAAAACAGAGGAGGUGCGGCCGGAAAGCGGGUCGGGGAGGCUUUGAGGAUGCGACCGUUGCUCGGGAGCUCCUCUCUCGCAGGAGCUCGGGCAUGGAGGCGCGACGUUCUCUUCUUCGUCGGCGUCCAAAUCGACGAUAGGAUGACAGAUGGCUUGCGCCACCAAGCAGGAACGCCCGCCCGACGACCUCCGGUGGCCUCGAGCGCGGGUCAAGACGGCGACCUCGAGUGUGGGUCACGGCGGCGGCCUCGAGUGUGGUGACACGGCGGUGGCCUCGAGCGCGGAAGAAGCAUGGGCUCGUUGACGGUUCGAGCGCGUCGAUUUCUCUGGCGAUUUUUCGUCCCCGUCGUGGUUCCCGUCGAUGGGCGUCCCGUAUGCCCCCUCCCUCGUUGCCUUUCUUCCCGAGGACGUCGGCAAGGUGCUUUCAGGAGGUGGGGCACGGAGGGGGAGGAGUUGCGGCGGACAUCGUCAUGGGGAGGAGGCGUACGGCGCGACCGCGCCGCCAUCGGAUUGUGCUGGAGUCUGCCACCCUGUGGAGGAGCUGUUGGUGUUGCUUCGUCCAAUCCCCACCUUCAAGUGCCGAUAUCAGUCCAGGAGUGUCCGAUAUUACUGCAAAUAUGUUGGGGACGUCGUCUCCAGCCACCUGCACAUAUUGGAACAAAGUUAAUUGGUUGUCCGAUCUUAUGGAAAGCUUCUACCAAUUUGACUUAUGGUGAUUUGUUUUCUUUGUUUAGGAUGAAUGCCCACAACACAUCUUUCAUCUGAAGGUGUAUGUUGUGUUCCUCUUGGGUGUAGUUACUUUUAUAUUAUUAUAUAAAAAUUAAGGCAAACAUCAUAUACUGAACGCGAUGAAGUAAGAUUUAUUUAGAUUUUUCAGUUGCAGUAAUUUAUGCAAAGUUCCUUCCACUAAUUAGAAUUAUAUUUCCUUUCAUGUUUAAUUACAGUAUUAGCUGCACUGUAUAUCAUUCCCAUAAGUGACCCUUGACCCUUCUUUUCUGAACAAGCCCUUACCGUUGUGGGUACAAACUAACUGGAUGGGGCCGUAGUCUUCUAUUAUGCACGCUACGCGGACGAUAUGGUCUUCGGCUUACCGAGAGGGGAUAAGUCCACGCGAGUCACCCAGGGUCUCAAAAAGAUCUUAGCUAGAGUCCUUAGGGAUCUCCUACAGGGCUUCACUUCUACUGAAAUUUCUAGAAAACAGCCGGGGAGGCUACAAAUUAUCAGCUUGCCCUGUCUCUCAAAAGUGAAGGCCAGCUGCUAAAUUUAAUACCCAUAAUUUCUUCAGUUUUGAUAGUAACAAAGAUCGAUGCUCGAGAUGAUAGAUCGGGAAUGACAUGUAUGUUAGAAUCAUGUUAUGUGGUGAUGACUAAAGUAGAAAAUUGAGGCCCAAGCCUCAAGAUGUGUGUUAUUAGAAUUGAAUAAAAAAGGACAAUUUAUUGUUUGCCAAGUUCUUUAUCAUCAAACUACUAUCAAGUUUAGUGGCCAAUGUGCCUGAUAAACUGGGUAUAUAAUAGUGAUGUAUAGUACAUCCUCUUCAGCCAAACCAUCCGUUCAAGUGGAGGUUGAUGAACCAUGAGAUUUGUAUGGUUGCAUAUUUUCUUUAUUAAGUCUGUCACCAAACACACAUAAUCCGCACCGUCCACAUUUACAAACACACAACUAGCCUUUGACAGCGUUAGAGCACUUACAUUUUGAUCACUCUGCACCUCCGAGUUGAGAACUCAAAUACACACUGUAGAAGCUACGGACCUUCCAAAGAGAAAUAACCAGGCAUACAAAGGUUCUAAAGAAGACUUGUGUUCCGUUUUCAGACAUUCUUCUACUCUGAGCCAGGAAGGACACCAGUUGACGAGCCACUAGAAAUUAGUAAGA